AUGGCUAACAGGGAAGUGAAGAAAUGCCCAGGAGAAAUAGAUGACGCUUAUUUUUGCGACACCAUGAGGAGGGAGCUCAAGCUGUUGACAGAUGAAUACAAAAAGAAGACGCACAGGAAGUUCUUUUUAAAGUGCAUCCUAAAGACAGAGCUCCUUGUGAUGACCAUUUUUUUGGCUCCCCUUUUGGCGUGCUUGUUUAUUCUCAAGGACAACGACGUAAUAAGUUCUCACUACCUGACUGCCUUGUUCGUACUCAUAUCGUUGCUGCUUCUACUGUUCGUCUUUCUGUAUUACGAGAUUGAGGAUGCCCAGACGAACGCGUUUUUGAGGAAAAUAAAUGAAGCUGCUAAAUUGUUGUCACCAAGGAGCGUCACCAAGAAGAGGAAGGAAGACGAUGGUCAUUUGAAUUAUUUGUCCAGCUCUCAUUUUAUUUUCAUUCAGAGGAACAGGAGAUGGGAGCUGCUGCCGACGAACCUGCUAAUCAAGCAGGACAUCUUCCUGCUGCGUGCCGGGGACCUUAUCCCCUGCAGAUGCGUAGAGUACAACAUGGACACGUGCGCGUACGGUAGGCGGUACGAAAAAUAUGAGGUGUUCAUGCCCAUGGACAAGGAUCAAAUUAGCAUGAACCUGUUGACGAGGCACGCGAAGGACGACAAGAGGGACUACCUACCCUCCUUCCACCUGUACUCGUUUGUGGCACAACAGGACGUGUCCAUAUGUACCAUCAAAAAGUACAUGCAGGACUCCACAGACCAGAACAAAAUUUCGAGGCACAAGGGUAACCUGAGGAAUGUGAUCCUAACGGAGAAGAUACACACGUUUUACCUGUACACGUGGGCGGUCCUCUUUUUGGUGUCUGUCGCGGCGGCGUCCCUGUACUUCCCCCACAUGAAGAGCCACGGGGAGGAGGUCUCCCACUUUGUAACUAUGUACUUCCUGCUGUACAGCGUGCUGAUGUCGAUGACGAUGCUGCCCUUUUUCCACAGAAUAUUCUCUGAACUGAUAUACGGAUACUGCUCCUCUUUGAAUCUGAUAUAUGAGAGUUAUUUUAAGGACGAGAUGAAUUACGAAAGAGAUUUUUCUUCUUCAUUCGACUUUUCCACAACGACAGAAGACACUGCCUAUGCGAAUAAGAAGCGGUUCGGGUUGUUCUACACUCUUAAGAGCAUAUUUCUUCUAAUCAUUAAGGGCAUAAAAAUUGACAAAUGUUACCUGAACAUUCUAAGCGACUGUUCCGUGUUGUGUUUUUUAGAUAGCAGCGGAAUUUUACUGGACAGCAAUCACAGUAUUAAGGAGAUCUGUUUGUACAAUUGCAUGAGCUCGAAGAAGGAGGCUCCGUCAAGCUCGACCAUGAUGAAGGGGGUACCAAAUUACCACAAUUACAUUCUCACCGUGAUUGAUAUCCUUAUGGACAACAGGAGCAUGUAUGCGUAUCAGAGAAUUAAAAACCGCAAAAUCCUUCACUCCCUUUUUUUGCUGUCCUACUACACCCAACUUCCUAAAUACGUGAGACUGCUGGACGAGUUCCAAAACAACAUCAUGAAUUACAUGAACCAGUUGGACUACAGCCACCUCUUCAUUUGUCUCUGUGACAUUGGUAACAUAUCGUACGCCUAUAACAAGUUUGUCUUCCACAAGCUCUUCCUUUGUGUGGAAAACAAAAGCAGCUACGAGCUGUACAAGAAGAAGAAGAGCGAGCUGAAGAAGCACAGGAAGACAACCGGGGACGAUGGAGAGCUGCCAUACCAUGUGCACGAGCAUGGCGAGAACGGGCAGGCCCUGGGCAUUAACAUCUACGACGCGGUCACGUCCAGGGACAACUUUGUGUUUGCCUUUAUCCUGUGCGAGAAGAAGAAGGACAAGUACCACCUCUUCCUUAAGGGACAACUGGACGCGCUCGUCAGCAAGUGCAUGUUCUACUACGACGGGAAGGCCAUUAAGAGAUUGAAGAGGAGGAAGAAGAAGGUGCUUCACAUUCUUAACAUGCAAUGGAUUUCCUCAGGAAUCGAGAGCAUAUGCUUUGCAUACCGACCCCUGAGCACGGAAGAGAGGAAUUACAUGAAGGACAAUUUUCAAAAGAACAUAUACCUGUUAACCAUAAACAAGCGGAAAGUGUACCAUUUGAGAAAUUUUUACAAUGAGAGCCCUUUCCCUGUGAAGGGGAAUGAAAAGUUCCUAUCACACUUGCUGUCGACGAGUAUCUUCAUCGGCAACUCCGCGGUGAAACUCAUGACGAACAGCGAAAUUCAGACGAGGAUUAACGACUUGUACAAUGCAGGAAUUCGCUUCGUCCAUUUCAGCAAAACGGAUCAAGCGAACACGAGGAACGUAUCGAACCUGUUGGGCAUGGAGACAAACUGGAACACGUCCAUCUCUUUGAGUCUCAAUGAUAAGUCUAGCUUCAAAAACAGGGACGGGAAGGUCGUCAUCCCGAGUGGUAUCAACAACAUUAAGACACACAUCCAGGAGGAGAACAACGAAAUUAUAACCUGCGUUGGGAACAGCCUCAACUGCUGCAACUUUGAAGUGUACAGUCUGUGUAAUUACUCCGUGUCGAUUCUGCUGCCGUACAAUAACUCCUGUAAGGAUUGCCAAGGGAAGAGGGAGAGGAACACUCCAUUUGAUGAGCUGUCCACAAAGGAGAACCCCAUCAUCUCGUAUGCCUCCUUCGUGAAUACGUUGCCUUGUAAUUUGAUCAUUGAAAAGAGUCGACUGGACCUGUCAGAAAACAUAAUGGAGGUGGUUUACAAACUAUUGAAGAGUUCAAGGAUCCACAAGAAAAACGUGUCGCUGACGAUUUUUUUUUUUUACUUCUACUACUCCCAAUUGUCCUUCAUGUUGUUCAUCGUUUCGGUGUUCUUUUUGCCCCCGCUCAUCUCGGUCAUGGACUACCUGCUGUUCAUCCUGCUCAUAAUACCCCUCCUGUCAAUCGCCCUCCUUGGCAACGAUAACAACAGCACCAUAAUGAACGAGAUCCCAGAUAAAGUCAUCACCCGGGAGUUCCUGCUGAAGAAGCUGCUCUUCUUUCUUAUCAGGUGGAUCCCCUACAUGCUCUUCUGCGUCACGUUGUCCAUUUACUAUGUACAACUCAUUAACAACAAAUUUGCAGGCAAUUACAUUUUGCAGUCUGCCCACAGUGGAGAUAUUUUGAAUUCAUUGAAGAAAAAUUUCAUGGCGGACGUGACACACCACUGCACGCAGAGUGGGCACCUAACAGCACCGGCGUAG